AUGAAUUCAUGUCUCGAGUCGUUGUCCACAGAGAUCUUAUUUGAAAUAUGUGACUAUUUAACUACGUUUGACAUAUUACGAGCUUUCAUUGAUCUCAAUCAUUGGCUGGAUGCCGUUAUCAGCUCAUAUUCAAUUCGACUUGACUUUCAAUUUGUCUCCCGAUCGAAAUUCGACUUCAUUUGUCGUCACAUUCAUCCUGAACAGGUUUCAAUUGUAGACAUCAAUAUAUCGUUUGAUUCACUCGAACGAUGUAUCAUUCAACUGCACCAAUUGAUAUAUCUCAUAGUCGAAGCAACCGGUACUCUCAAUUUAUUGGAUGGUGCUCGAUGGGAAAAAUUAGUCACAAGAACACGAAUCGAAAAGUUCAAUUUCCGAUUGAACCUUGCAAGAGGUACAACAUGUAACUGUGACGAAAAAUCACUACUUGAACUAUUUUGUUCGCCAUUUUGGCUUGAACAGAAACGGUGGUUUGUUGCAUGCCAUAAACAAAAAUGGCAGCAUGAUAAUUAUUUGUCGAUCUACACGGUGCCUCACUUUCGACCACAUUCAGUGCAAUUUCCCGCAAGUAAUUAUCCACCCUUAUCCACAGCACCAGCCGAAAUCGAACAACUCAUUUUCUAUACUAGUAACAUUAAUCAUCUCUUGUGCAACGUCGUUCAAUUGAAUCUACUUUCAGUUCACUGCUUUACUAAAGUGAACUCUUUAACUAUUGUCGGUUCUGUUUUACCAUCGUUCGAUAAUCUUAAAUUGAUUGUUGACUUUGACCGAGUACAAAACUUGGAUAUUUCGGGUAUUGAUUUUUUGUCUGCAAACAAAUUUCACAGUCUGGUCGCCCAUGCUGGUUGUCUGCGUCAUCUCACAAUAAAGGAAUUUGACCCUUUACUUAUUUUACCUAGGCAUAUUUAUUCUCUCACGAUAUAUCGUGUUGUUCAAUCGGUUUCUAUCGACUUGUUUUGUCAUCUGUUUUCACACGUCAAACAUCUUGCAAUGACUGUGGAAUCAAAAGAGAUUAUGAUUCAAUUGAUCGAUCGUCUCGAAUAUCUUGAGACUUUUUCAUGCUCUUUUUCGUAUAAACUCACUCAUGUCUAUGAUGUGUCCGCGAAGUGGUUACAACAAAAUACACGUCGCCUCAAAACAAAUAAUUUUACAUGUCGAAUCGGCGUUGAACGAAUAUAUUUGUCUAUUGGAGAUAGUUGGUGA